AUGCUUGUCAGUGCCUGCCGCCCGUCGUCGUCAAUGAUCCGGACGGGGGUGAGUUUAGCCCGGAUGGCUCGUCCGCGGGUGACUGCCUCCUGGAUCCGUGCCUCGACAAUUUCGCGGCCAUCUCCCAUAUUGGCUGGCCAUCAGCUCCGGUUCUACGCCGCCAAUCCCCUCGAUGCCCUGGGUCCUCCACCUCCCACAGGUUCUUCCGGCCUCGGUCCUAAUAAAGAUAAGCCCGAGAAGAAACUGACGUGGCGUGAUGGUCUCAACUCCAGUGAUACCAAGAUCCUCAAAUCGUUACUCGUCACCAUCUGGCCUAAGGACAAUUGGAAGUUUAGGGCUCGAGUAGUGAUUGCCAUUUCCUUACUUAUUGCCUCGAAGCUUUUAAAUGUUGAGGUGCCGUUCUUUUUUAAACAAAUCAUCGACUCGAUGAAUGUCGAUUGGACUGACCAAUUGGGCACCGCGGGCAUCGCCGUGGGGUCGCUCAUUUUGGCUUAUGGGGGUGCUCGUUUUGGUGCCGUCCUCUUUGGUGAGUUGAGAAACGCUAUCUUUGCUCUGGUGGCUCAAACUGCCAUUAAGAGAGUCGCCCAUAACACCUUCCAGCAUUUGCUUAAUCUUGAUUUACAAUUCCAUUUACUGCGACAGACAGGGGCCAUUACGCGUGCCAUUGAGCGUGGUACUAAAGGUAUAUCCUACGUGCUCAACGCCAUGGUGUUCCACAUUGUCCCCAUCACCCUCGAGAUCUCGUUGGUGUGUGGUAUCUUGACCUACAACUACGGGGCGUCGUUUGCUGCCGUCACCUUUUUCACGAUGUUGGCGUACUCGAUCUUCACCAUCCGUACCACUGCCUGGAGAACAAAGUUCAGACGUCAAGCCAACGCUGCCGAUAACGAGGCGUCGCUGAUUGCCUUGGACUCGUUGAUCAACUUUGAGCUGGUAAAAUACUUUAAUAACGAAGCUUACCAGCUGAACAAGUACGAAAAGGCAUUGAACAAGUACCAGGACGCGCUGAUUAAGAUUGCCACCUCGUUAGCUUUCCUUAAUCUGGGCCAAAACCUCAUCUUCACCACCGCGUUGACGGCGAUGAUGUGGAUGGGGUGCCAAGGGGUGAUGGCGGGAAACUUGACGGUGGGUGACUUGGUGCUCAUCAAUCAGUUAGUGUUCCAGCUUUCGGUGCCAUUGAACUUCUUAGGGUCAGUGUACCGUGAGUUAAAGCAAUCGUUGACUGAUAUGGAAAACCUCUUCCAAUUAAGAGACAAUGAGGUGGGGAUUAAGGAUGCCCCUGACGCUAAGCCUCUUAAACUUAACCCUAAUAAUCCCGGGGAAAUUCGCUUUGAGAAUGUCACUUUUGGCUACCACCCUGACCGGCCCAUUUUAAAGAACGCCACCUUCACCAUUCCCGCCGGCGAGCGUGUGGCCAUUGUCGGUCCCUCGGGGCUGGGGAAGCUGACGGUGCUCCGGUUAGUGUUCCGCUUCUACGACGUUGACUCUGGCCGCAUUCUCAUCGACGGCCAAGACAUUUCCAAGGUCACCAUCGAGUCUUUGCGUAAGCUGAUCGGCAUUGUGCCUCAGGACACGCCAUUGUUCAAUGACUCGAUCCUAGAAAAUAUUCGCUACGGGCGCCUCGACGCUACUGACGCCGAGAUCGAGCAGUUGAUUAAACGGGUCAAUCUCGACGGGCUUGUCGGCGAAUUGCCCGAUGGCGUCGACACCAUCGUCGGGGAACGAGGGCUUAUGAUUUCCGGGGGUGAAAAGCAGCGGCUUGCCAUUGCCCGGAUGCUCUUAAAGAAGACGCCCAUCACCUUCUUUGAUGAAGCAACGUCGGCCUUAGACACUCACACCGAGCAGCGAGUGUUGUCGACGAUCAGAGAAGUGACCGCCGACAAGCACCACACCACGGUGACCAUCGCCCACCGCUUGCGGACCAUUGCCGACAACGACAAGAUCGUCGUCCUCAACAAGGGGAAGGUGCAAGAAGAGGGCACCCACUUCUCGUUGUUGGAGGACCCGACGUCACUCUACAGCCGGUUGUGGAACAUCCAGGAAAACUUGGACAUUGACAAGCAGUUGGAGGAGCAGCGGAAGGCCGAGCUCGAGAAGAAGAAGGCCGCCGCCAAGCGUGCUCUCGAGGAAUAA